UGGAAAGUGGAGGAGAAAAGCGGACGGGAAGAGCUGGCUUUGUUUUUUCUUCUCCCAGCGUCUUCUUUUAACUAUAAAUAACACCAAUUUUUCAUUCAAAUACUUCACAACUGAUAUUUUGCAAAGAAGGAGGCCACAGCGAAUCUUUAUUUAACGCAAAACAUUUCCUAAAGCUAAGGAAUCGUGUCCCCUUCCCCCGACCCCUGUCUGCUUUAAAUAGACAGCAGCAGCAGCAGCAUGACGAUUUUGCCCAAGAAGAAAGCGAGCACUUCGGUUGGAGUGUCCGAUCACAGCGAUGAAACGGACCGACGGAGCGGCUCUGAUACGCACCCUCACCCGCAUGCACAUACACACGGGGUCCGGUCAGGCGCCAGGCCGCGAGCUUCUCCGCCGCCGUGGUCCUAUCAGCCCGCGCCUCCUGCGUCCAGAGAGGACCGGCGGAAUGAAGCGAGCUCCCGGCCACAGCAGGCCUCACCACCGCCUGUAGGUUCAGGCUCGCCUGCCGGACCAGUAGACACGACCGGGAUUUCCGGCGGCCGAGCCGAGCUGGCGGGCGGCGUCGGUUGUGGAGGCGCCGGAGGUUUGUGUGGAAUCGGUGGAAUCGGGAUCGGUAGCUGCUGUUCUGGGCCCGGACUCAGUAAAAGGCGACGACAGGCGACCUGCACCGGCGGAGUAGCAGGUGGAGGAACCGUACCUGGGGCAUCGGGAGGCGGUGGAGUGGGUACGAGCUCGGAUCCUGAAGAAGCAGCCGGUAAUAACAGCGAGGAUGAGUACGAAAACGCUGCCAGACUGCAGUCCGAGGAUCCGGCAACAGUGGAACAGCAGGAGCACUGGUUCGAGAAAGCACUUGGUGAGAAGAAAGGAUUUGUCAUUAAAAAGAUGAAGGAAGACGGCGCUUGUCUUUUCAGAGCUGUUGCUGAUCAAGUUUACGGAGACCAAGAUAUGCACGAAGUUGUUCGCAAACACUGCAUGGACUACUUGAUGAAAAACGCAGACUACUUCUCAAACUACGUGACAGAAGAUUUCACCACAUACAUCAACAGGAAAAGAAAAAAUAACUGCCAUGGCAAUCACAUUGAGAUGCAGGCAAUGGCGGAGAUGUACAACCGGCCAGUGGAAGUGUACCAGUACGGCACAGAACCAAUCAACACGUUCCAUGGGAUCCAUCAGAAUAACGACGAACCAAUCAGAGUCAGUUACCAUGGAAACAUUCAUUACAACUCAGUGGUGAACCCCAACAAAGCCACCAUCGGUGUGGGACUCGGCCUCCCUGCCUUCAAACCAGGGUACGCAGACCAGUCCCUGAUGAAAAACGCCAUCAAGACGUCAGAGGAGUCAUGGAUCGAGCAGCAGAUGCUGGAGGAUAAGAAAAGAGCCACAGACUGGGAGGCCACCAACGAGGCCAUCGAGGAGCAGGUGGCACGCGAGUCUUACCUGCAGUGGCUCCGGGAUCAGGAGAAACAGGCCCGGCAGCCACGUAAAGCCAGCGCCACAUGUAGCUCGGCCACGGCCGCAGCAUCCAGUGGAUUGGAGGAGUGGAGCGCAAGGUCCCCACGACAUCGAAGCUCCGCCCCUUCCCCUGAGAGCCCUGACACUGCCCACUCGGACCUCGCACAAAAACCUCCUUCCCCGGCUGGAGCAGCAUUCGCCCUGUCCAAGCCCCCCUCACCAUGUGCACCUGGACCCAGUAACCAGGCCUGUGUUGGAGCAGACAGACCCACCUCUUCCUCGCUGGUGUCCCUGGGCUACCGUGCCAUCAUGCAGGACAUGUCGCCCACUGCUUUCGGUUUGACAGAUUGGGAGGACGACGAGAUUUUGGCCUCUGUCCUGGCCGUGUCACAACAGGAGUACCUCGACAGCAUGAAGAAGAACGCCAUGCAUAGGGAACCGUCUCCAGACAGCAGUUGAUAAAGGGACGCAGGUGCGCUCUGAGCCCCUCACACUGCUGGAGGAGGCCAAAAACACGGGGAUCAAUCAAAUCAUCCUCUCAUCAUCAUGCAAAACCCAUUUCCCCUCUCACUGUCCCUCACAUGCCAUGUUCUAAUCACCCAUCCAUAAUAAUGACCGUCACUGUAAAACUUUCCUCGCCACUACCUUGCUUUUUUUUUUUGCCACUGACACCAAGAUUGGACUUGUUUAGAUGCAUGUUUAAACCAACAUAAUUAAUCAAAGAAAAAAUACAUGGGAAAAUUUAAAAAACAGAUAUAAAAAUGUCAUACUUUAUCAUCUUAAUACCUGAUUAAUAUAAGCUUGUUGUAUUUUAUUUUCCUGUUUGGAAUGAAAGCUCUUUUUUUCUUGGAAUAAAAAAGGAGAAGUUUCUGAAGAAA